AUGGCCAACCACGGCGACCUCUCCCCGCCGGCCGACGGCGGCUCCCAGGAGCUGAUUCCAGUCAUCUACCAGUCACCAUACAGCAUGACACCACAGGGUCCUCCAUGUUCAUGGCUUUUUUACUAUAGGCCAGUUCCUCUCGGAGGUUUUCGGAGGCCCGUGUACGAAGAUGGGACGACAAGGGUGCUAUGCUUGAGCCAAAUGUUUUCUCCAGACCAGCUAGAAGACGACGAGUACUACCAAAAGUUUUGCCGGAGGAUGACGGCGGAAGGACAGAGAUCCGGCGGUAAACUCAGGAGGACCGUCGUCCCACGGCCGGACCCCAGCGGCGCUCCGGUCGCCGGAGUUGGCAAGGUGUUUCUGGAAUACGCCGAUAUCGACAGCGCAGCAUAUUCCAAGACGAUGUUGCAUUGGAUGUGGUUUGAGGGGAGGCAGGUGUUUGCUGUGUUCUAUCCCGAGGACAAGUUUGCUGCUGGGGACUAUGAUGGAUAA